AUGACGACAACGAAGUCAGAAUGCAGUGUUUGCUGUGAAGACUACACAACUGUUCAAUUAAUUUCGUCCGUUUGUGGUCAUAAUGACCUUUGCUCUACUUGCAUAAAGCGACACAUUGAAGCAGAAUUGAAUACUAAAGGAAGUGAAAUUCAAGUGCGUUGUCCAAAAUCUCGCUGUAUGAUAGAAUUGACUUAUGAUGAUGUAAAAAGAUUGGCUCCAAAAGAGUUAUUCGACAGGUACGAUACUCUUCUUUUGCGAGCUGCAAUUCGUAAGCUUCAAGAUUUUCGUUGGUGCAAGGCUCCAAAGUGCGGUUCCGGUCAAGAGCAUACAACCGGAGAUAGAUUACCAAUAAUCACUUGCGAAGCUUGUAGUGCAAAAUCAUGUUUCACUCAUGAUGUUCCUUGGCACACAGGAUUGACCUGUGAUGAAUUCUCCGAGCAAUUGCAGACCAAAGAUUAUGCUGCUAAUCGUGCCUAUUAUGAACGUCAUACUAAACCAUGUCCAAGGUGUAAAAUGUCUAUUGAGAAAAAUAGUGGAUGCGACCAUAUGAGUUGCCGUUGUGGUUAUGAAUUUUGUUGGCUGUAA